UAUUCGUUCGCUCGAGAGGCUUAGUAACCCUGUGGGUCGGGAUCGGUGCGAAGGCCUCGCGGAGUACCACCUGCGGUGUCUGCAAUGGACGCAGGAGGUGACGGCGAUAAAAAGACCGCGGUGACUGCGGAGAGAUCACCGGAGACGGUGGAUGGCGCGAAGUUUCGAUCGACCGAAAAAGGUUCACCGCCGAUCGAGGGGACCAUUCUGCCCGACCAGAUGGACGAAGCCUCGCUGAACCCCCAGUUGCUGGACCAGCUGAACGAACAGUUCGCCAAGCAGAUCCAGUUGGCCGAAAGCGAGGAGAUGGACGAGCCGUUCAAGAUCCGCAUCUACAACGACUGGGUCAACAGUCUACGGUCGCUCAACACUGAGCUCGUUCAGUCGUUGCGCGAAAUGCAAGACACCUGCAUGGAGCGGAUGGCACUGAUGCGAGCCGCCUACCUCAAGGAUCUGGUACGUUUCGGUCCGGAUAUCCGGCUGAAGCGCGUGGAAAACACAACUGCGCUCGCUACGACGCCGGCUGCUGGAGAAGAAAUUAUUUCUCUCGAGCUCUCCUCAAACUAUCCGAUCGUGCCGACCACUGAUCAGAUGCUCCUGCAGGAACUGGACAUCAAGUCACGGCAAAUCGAAGAAUUGCGGAAAGAGCUGGGCGAUAGCUGCGCUCUGGUGGAUCAGUUGCGUAGCAUGACCAAAACGCGGGAAAAUCAGCUAGAUGAUAAACGCAAAGAGAUAAACAUUCUGCGUCAUCAGAUCACCUCCUUGGACGAUCAACUUCUGAAGGCAAAAACGUCCGCAGCGGCCACGACCGACAAUAAGAGCCUUAUUUCGGAGAUCACCGAUCACCACGAUAAGAUAACGUUUUUGCGGAAGAAGUUAAAAGAGCAGGAGGACAAGCUGCGGCAGGCCAACACAGCCAUUUACUUCCGGGAUCAGGUGAUCUCCCAGCAGCGGCACGAAAUUAAAGUACUGACCGAGAACUUCAAUUCACAUUCCACCACUGAAGAAAAUGAACAGGAUCCAUGUAAGGAAGCAUGCCAAGUGGUAUCGGACUCCUCCUUUUAUUCGACUGAGACUCAAGCGUCAAAAGAAGACACAACGCUCCUCUCGGGACGCGUAUCUCAACCGCUCCUCGAUGGUAUCAGUACGAUCGAACAGCACAGUGAGACCGAAUCGGAAUACGUACGGACACUGAAACAGGAACUGGCCGAGUUGCGAGCACAAUUGCAGGACUACAAAAGGGUCCACGGAAAUCAUCGGGCUUCGCUACCGAUGAACGACGGUAGUGAUUGGCAGUGCGCCGAUAUGAUAAAAGCUCUGCUGGGGCUACGGGGAGCCUGCGAGGAGUUGCUGCAAACUACCGGUAAAUUCUGUGGCGAAGAGCAGGAGCUAUCGGGGGGCUCCUUUAGAUACGAAGAUGACGACGAGCUGAUCGAAGCGCUACGGGCUCGCUGUGAGAUGCUGUGUCGCCGAUUGUCCGAGCAUCAGGUUUGUGCGUUGGAGCAGGACGAAGGCAUCGGCAGUACCAGCAUAUCGCGGCUGGAAAACUGUAGCGAAAUACAACCCAACGUUGAAGGCCACCGGGAGCAGAGUAUGGAAGCGGAUUUGUAUCAGGAAGUUGUGGUACAAUUAAAACGUAUGCUAGGAAAGGACAGCAACAACAGUGCCAGUGAAUCGCUCAGCUCGCUGUCGUUGGGCCUGGACGAAGGCUGUACGCUGCAGGGUCUGAUCGACGAUUUGAAGAAGGAGAUCGAAUCGAAGGAUCUGGUACUGCGCGAUCGUCAUGCCGAGCUAGAACGACUCCAACAGGAAUUGGGCAACCGAGAGCGCCAGCUUGGCCUGUGCCGGGCACGCCAAGAGUCGAUCGAUGACGAAAAGCUGACCCUCCAGAAAAAGAUCACCGCACUGGAAGAAACGGCGGACGAUCAAGGCCGGAUCAUUGCGAUGCUGAACAUGGAAAAGUCGAAGCUUGUGCAGCACGUGGAGGAUCUGAAGGAAACGCUGCAACAGUACCGGGAUAAUUUGCAGAAGACCAGCGAGGAAAAGAUAAUCAUCGAGGACGAGUGUAAAAACCAACUCGUCACCAUCUCCAACCUGCGCGUUGCCCUCGAGGAAACGAAACGCAACGGCAGCUCAUCAGUAAAUGUUCUUCACGAACUGGUGGAGAAUCUUCAACUGGAAGUUAUCCUACUAAGUGAACAGCUAAACGACGCAUUUAAAGAGGUAUGUAGGUCGGACGGGUUAAGUUAAACUUCACGCGCCAGACAGCGUAACGUGGCCAAGGACAACGAGCUGGACCAGUACCGUGACUCCAAUCUGCAGCUGCGUUGUCAGCUGGCUGACCUGAGCCGCGAGUUUGCCGACUUGAAGGACAUAUCCGAUGCCGUCGACAUCCGGCAGGAGCUGAACGAUCAGAAACAACGUGUAUUCGCUUUGCUCAAGGAAGAUGUAAAACAGUUACAGGAUCAGAUGAAUGGUGUCCGAGGGGAGAUAGUUUCAAGGCAGCAAGAUUUGGGAAAUUUGAACUUCUUCCGAGAAAAGUGUGCCGAGAUGGAGCGACUCCAUGAGCUAGAAAUGAGCCAGCAGCGUACUAAGCAUUCCAACGAGCUGAAGCAAUUGCGGCGAGAGAUAGAAUCGCUUAGCAAUCAGCUGGUCAGUUCUUCGGACACGAGUCAGCAGCACGAACAAACGGUAGAAGCAUUGGCAACGCUGCAGACCACCAUCUUGAAGCUUGACGAGCACAAUCGUGUGCUGCAGAAAACGAUUCAAUCAUACCAGGACAGCGUAGUCCAGCUCGAGCAACAGUUGGGUGGCUCGCAGCAUCAGCUUUCGACGACCAGGCAGGAGCUGGAAGAGUUACGGGAUCGGUGCAACGUGCAAGAGGACAAACUUGUAGCCCUAAAAUCGGAGAAGGACCGCAUCGCCGGGGAGCUCGUGGUGCAGCGGCGAAUGUGCAAGUGUGGCAUAAACAGUAAUCCAGGUUCCCGAGAAAGGGCAAAGACACCACUUUCUCACUCGCUGCAGAAACAGUUGGCCCAGAAAACACUGGAAGCAACCCGAGCCCAGGAAGAGCUCGCCCAGCGCAUCGAAGAAUGGAAAAAGCGCGAAACAGAGUACGUGAACCACCGGAUACAGGCGACGGAACAGACGACAGACCUGAUUGAGCAGCUGAGCGAGUUUAAGGGCCGUAAUAGCAAUCUGGAGCAGUCGGGGUAUAUGAAGGAUGAGCUGAUCGAGCGUCUGCAGCAGAGUCUGCGUGACGUCAACCGAAAACUUGCCAUAAAACAGGACCAGCUGGUAGAAGUGGAAGCAAAGAAUGUCAGUUUAUCUGAUGCCCUGGAACGGGCGCGUCAGGAUGCGUUGGCUUGCGAAAAACGUUGCAUGGAGGAGCUCAGCAAUGUCAGGCGAUGUUCCAUGGAUCAGAAAAAUCAGCUACAACAGUACGAAAGACAAAUGAAUCGCCUGCGAGCGGAAAUGGACGGUGUACGAGAGAAAAGUGAACACAUCUCUAGUGAUCGCGAUGCAUUGCGUGACGAAUCUCAAGGGUUGCGAGAACGGUUGGCAACGUUUGAAGGAAAACAGAGUGCGCUUUGCGAGGUGAUCAAAUCGAAUCAGGAUGAGCUGGCGUUCAAAUCAUCCCGUGUGAUGGAACUGGAAGAAAUGCACCGCCAACUCAACCAAAACUAUCAGCAGCUCAAAAGCUUUCAUGAAGAUCUUAGCAAGCAGUUUCAUCGCGGGCAGCAGGAGAUUGAGCAACUGAAGGAAAGCUCCAAAAAGUUGCUGGAGUUUAAGCAGCAAACGCUGGCCACGAAGGAGCUCACGCGCAAAAGUGUCGCCGAGUGGAAGGAGCGGGAGGCCCAGCUGAGCCAGGAGAUUGUUCGACUAAAGAAGCGCACCGAAAUGCUCGAUCAGGACCGGGCCAAACUGAUCGGCAAAUUGCAAGAGUACCAUCGGGAUAAUACAAUCCUUGGAAGGCGCGUGCAUCAGCAGCAGUCGCAACAGCAGCAACCUCCUCGGCAGCAUUCGCCCUACGACGACAAUCGGAGAAGUUAUAAUCUCACGCCACUCCAUCAAACGUUCUACCCACCGGAAGCGUUCAAACUGGUUCGAUCUAGCAGCGAUCCCAACUGUAAUGAGUCGGACGAGUUGUUACAGAAAGUAGAACUUACGUGUAAUCAGCUGCAGCAGAUACGAAAGUUCUGGCACCAGGGUCUGAAGGAAGUGUUUCCAAACGAUUCUUAGUUUUAAUUACUAAUGAGAACAACGACCGUAGCACAGGUUUGCAUUCUUCCUGCCAUUUUAUUGUUUUAUAGAGAAACUUUUACAAAUUUAGUUAGGCAGUAAUAUCAGUAAGAUUGUCAGUGU